CAGCAUCAGUCCACACCCAGCAACUCAGCGACUCAGCAGUAGCAGCGCGUUGACAUGGCUCUCUACAAAGUCCUCUUGGUGCUGAGCGCGGCGGCGUGCGCGGCGACGGCCUACCCCGGGGGACUCAGUCUCGGCGGUCUCGGCGGCGGCCACGGACACAGCGUGGCGGAGUCGUACGCCAGCGUCAACCUGCUCAACUCGCUCGGCCACGGCAGCCUGGGCGGUCUGGAGCUUGGUGGCGGGGAGGGCGGCUACAAGCACGAGGAGGAGCACAUCAUCCUGGCGCACCCCAAGUACGAGUACAAGUACGGCGUGGAGGACUCGCACACCGGCGACUACAAGGACGCCAAGGAGGAGCGCGACGGCGACGUGGUGAAGGGCGAGUACUCGCUGCUGCAGCCCGACGGCAGGAAGCGCAUCGUCCACUACACCGCCAGCAAGCACGGCGGCUUCAACGCCAUCGUGUCCUACAGCGGCCACGCCAUCCACCCCGAGGUGCACGGGCACGGCCUGUGAACGCCGCCCCGCGCUGCGAACCCUCACCCUUAAGACUGCACUCCACAUCGUGAUACCCAUCGUGUACAUAUCUCAUUAUCUUUAAUAAAGCAUCCCAUUCAUCAUUA